AUGGCGCAGGAUCUAAUGUGCCAGAGCGCGAUCGAGGCCAGACCGGAUGUGGUAAUAAUAUCCGAGCCGUACAGGCAGCUACCUUACUGGCAUAACGAUACUAAAGGUGAUGCGUCGAUUUGGGUCACGCAAUUCAAUGGUCGAGCACCGAAUGAAACGCUUCUCUACAGGAAGGAUGGACUAGUGAGUAUUGGUGUAGGUGAUAUCCUCUGUUUCAGUGGUUAUUGGUCCUCCAAUAUCAAGAUUGAGGAAUACAUGACGCACAUAAACAAGCUUGCAUCGGUGAUAAGGAAGGGUGUAAGCAGAAGCAAGAAAGUGAUUGUGGCUGGCGACUUCAACGCUAAGUCCACUUGCUGGGGAGGUCAAACCACGGUCAAGCGAGAAAGAAUUUUAAUGGAAACCCUGUGCGCUUAG